AUGAAGUUCUUGGCAUCUUUGGCAGCGUCCACAGCGCUGCUCUCCGCAGCCUCAGCGACUCCUUACCCGCACAGGGAGGAAGUUGCUGCAUUAGUACGACGAGCAUUCGCCGCAAACGCACCUCAUGGCUACACACCACAGACCGUGAGCUGUCCCUCAGCAACUCCCACAAUCCGAAGCGCAGCGAGAUUAUCAGACAAUGAAACGGCCUGGUUGGAAGUGCGCCGAAAUGCCACGGUUCAGCCUAUGCGCGACUUGCUGGGUCGCAUGAAUAUCACGGGCUUGGAUACCAAUCAGUAUAUCGAUAACCACCAGAACAAUGCAAGCGCGUUGCCCAAUAUCGGCAUUGCUGCGUCGGGUGGUGGUUACAGAGCUAUGCUCAACGGAGCUGGCGUGAUUCAGGCCUUUGACAGCAGGACACCCAACUCGACAGCUGCGGGACAACUAGGAGGCUUGCUGCAGGCGGCCACCUACCUUUCCGGGCUCUCUGGAGGCAGUUGGCUGGUCGGUUCCCUGGUAUCGAACAACUUCACCUCGAUCAGCGACAUUCUGUCUCAGGAUACUUCCGCCGAUGACAGUGGAAGCUUAUGGCAGUUGGGCAACAGCAUUUUCGAGGGACCCGACACUGGUGGUAUUCAGCUGGUUGAUAGUGUUGGUUACUACGGGGAUCUUGUCGAUCAAGUGCAUGGAAAGGAGGAUGCGGGCUUCAACACCACCAUCACGGAUUACUGGGGCCGAGCAUUGUCCUACCAAUUGAUCAAUGCAACCGACGGUGGACCUGCGUAUACGUUCUCGUCGAUCGCCCAACAGGAUUGGUUCACCAGCGGAAGCUCUCCUCUCCCUCUGAUCGUGUCUGAUGGCCGUAGCCCCGGUCAAACAAUCAUUUCCGACAACUCAACCAUCUACGUCUUCUCCCCAUGGGAGCUCGGUUCGGACGACCCUACGGUCUACGGAUUCGCACCACUCCAAUACGUUGGCACCAACUUCUCAUCUGGCUCACCAAGCACAGACCAGUGCAUCGUUGGAUUUGACAGCGCAAGCUAUGUCAUGGGAACGAGCUCCUCGCUCUUCAACGCCAUCCUGACUACCCUCCAAGGCGUCAACACGACCAGUGCCUUGGCCUCAGCGUUUCAGGAUGCUCUUGAAUCUAUCCUCUCCGACAUUGGUCAGGACAACGAGGAUAUCGCGGACUGGGUGAACCCCUUCCGAGGCUACAACAAUGCCACUAACGUCAAUGCUCCAUACAACAACCUGACCCUCGUUGACGGAGGUGAAGACGGACAAAACAUCCCCCUCUACCCUCUCAUCCAGCCAAACCGCAACGUAGACGUCAUCUUCGCCAUCGACUCCUCCGCCGACACGACUGAGACCAGCCCAGCCAACGGCUCAGCACUGAACUGGCCCGACGGCGUCUCCAUCGUCCGCACCUACGAGCGUUCCCUCUCCGACAUGGCCAACGGCACCUCCUUCCCAGCAGUCCCAGACAUCAACUCCUUCUUCAACCUAGGCCUCAAUAACCGCCCCACCUUCUUCGGCUGCAACGCCUCCAACACCACCUCGCCAACCCCGCUGGUUGUCUACCUUCCCAACGCGCCCUACGUCUACUACGGCAACACGAGCACCUACCAAAUGUCCUACAACGACACGGAGCGCAACGCCAUCAUCCUCAACGCCUACAACGGCGCCACACAGGGCAACGCCUCGCUCGAUGCCAACUGGCCCGCCUGUGUCGGCUGCGCCAUCCUCUCCCGCUCGCUGGACCGAACGGGCACAGACGUUCCUGACAUCUGCAACCAGUGCUUCUCCAGGUACUGCUGGGAUGGCACGACCAACAGCACCGCGCCGGGGCCCUAUGUACCCGAGUUCAAGAUCUCGGACGCCAUGGUCAAGGUGACGAGUGGGGCUUCGGCGAGGUUUUCGGGCUCGGUGGUGAUGGCUGUCGCUACGGCGGUGGUUGUUGGGUUCGCGAUGCUUUAG